UAUACAUCUGUCAGCAGAGCGCCCAGAGUGCCCCAGAGUUGUGUUGUACACCCGCUAACCUCUAAACUUCUCCAUGAACAAAAAUUUCGAUCUAACCUAUUGAUAAGUUAAAUUUUAUUUUUAUUGCUAACACCAGAGUGAGAUACUCUCAUACAGAUGAAACAUGAAAAUUCUAUAUAAACUGCGUAAUUUAUCCGGCUGGAGAAGUGGUACUAAACAAGUGUCAAUCGAUGCAACGAUACCCUUGAUAGCACUACCAGUAUUAACCUUAAUAGCUGCUCAAACAAUUUAUUUAACAGUCAUUGUAUUUUUAGUAACGCCAAUUAUAAUCUACCAUCUGCAUCACAAUUUUCUAAGGUUUUUACCACGCUCAAAAUUCUUCCUCAUGUGGACAAUUACAAGUGUUAUAAUGCUGAUGCUGGUUUUUGAAAUGUGUGUUGUGCCAUUAUUAGAAAUUCUUUUUGAGGAGAAUUGUUUAUUUAUGGCGGGUGUUGUGGGUGGAAUAUUUUGUGGAAUAAAAACAAAAUCGAAAUCCGAUUCGGAUUUGCAGAAUGAUAGCUCAGAUGAUUCGGAGAUUGGAAGAGAGACUGAGGAGGUCUGCCUCUUGUGCAAAAAACCUCCACCAGCGAGAACAUAUCAUUGCCGUACUUGCCAGACUUGCGUAGCCAACAGGGAAUAUCACUGCCGAUGGCUGGACUGCUGCAUAGGCUCAAGCAAUUUACCAUGGUACCUCAGUUGCUUAUUGUGCUCAGCUGUGGCCUUCAUUUACGGUUCUAAUCUCACAAUGACCAGCGUCUGCCAUCCCUUCAUUUUCAUUGGAACAAUCCUCCUGCCAGACGAUUGCAGUGAUGUCUAUCAUCAACUAGAUCUUGCCCUGUGCUUGGUCUCAGCCAUCUACAGCUUGCUCAUAGGAUUGGUCGUACUCUGUUACUUAAUUUAUCACAUAUACUUGAUAUUUUUACGUACUACAGCCCAGGAGAGACACAUCUCUUCUCAGAGUAAAAAUGAAUACAAUGGUUUAUUGACCAAUAUAUCUACUCUAGUGUGUCGUGAAUUGUAAAUUUAUUUAGGGGCCAUAUUUUAAUUGUAGCAUACAAUGAAAUGUAAUUAUAUACAGUGAUUAUCAGUCUAGUUUGUGGCUGCGUUUUACGCUUAUAAUCUACUCAUGAAAGCGCUCGAAUAUUUUUGUAUAUUGAUAGCUAUUUAUUAAUUGAGAAAUUGAAAUCUCACCCCGAAAUGUUUUUCAAUGUUUAGUCACAUUUUUAUUUAUCAUUAUAUAUUGCGAUUGCAUAGUCUUUUUUUUACUUGAUGAAUGUAAUGCAAAUUAAUUACAACUGUGAUAAAACUUAUACGAAGAGUCUCAUCACAAUUUUAACGUAGAAAUAAAUGUACAUUACAUAUAAGAAA